AUGGUCAAGCUGUUUUCGAGAAAGAUCGACCAGCUGGCGAAGGGAGCAAGUGUGGGAGGGGGUGCCGACCACGAGGGAGGAGGCGAGAAGACGGGACGCGUCGUGAUUGACUACAGUGUCGAGGAGGAGGAGGAGAUCGAGGAGGAUACAUCGAGGCAGGCUCAGCACGGGGCGAGCGGCCCGGGCGGCGAUGCGAACCAGGACGAGGACUCGAGCUCGGGAUCGAGCUCCGGCUCGAGCUCGAGCGAUGAGUCGGUCGAGGACGACGGCGAGGGCGCCGGACAUAGAACGGAGCGUACGGGGGAGCACGGAGUGGCGCUCGGGGAGCGGGUGGACGAGCGAGUAGAGCUUAUCGAGCAGCAGGCGACAUGGGAAACUAAGGCUGUGGAGGAGCAGGAGGGCGGAGCGGCUGCGCAGGAGGGUGGGGUCGGAGGGCAGCAGCAGGUGGUGGGCGAGGCGGCUGCGCAGGAGGGCGGGGCAGGAGGGCAGCAGGAGGAGGGCGUGGCGGCUGCGCAGGAGGGUGGGGCAGGAUCGUCGAAGAGCACACUGUCGCAGUGCGCCGAGGCUGUGAAGGGUGUCACGGCAGAGAGGAACCCGUUGGAAGGGGCGCGGGCGAAGAUCGACGAGAUGAGCGGGAAGAUCAUCGAGGGGGUGGCAGCCGCCAUCACAAAAGCGAGCGAGGACGCCGUCGAGAAGCAGCUCAAGCAGGUCGAGGAGCGGCUGGUUGCUGCGGUGCUGAAGGGUUUCGAGAAAGCCAUCAUGGAGGACAUGUUCUGCUCCACCCUCCCACCCGAGACCAUGAAGGAGCUGAAGGACAUUGUGAGGGAAGGCUACCAUGAAGCCGAAGCAGGGAGGUUGGAAGUCCUCACCGAAGCGAUGGCGAGAGGUUUUCAGCGCUCGGCGGGCCCGUCGACGAGGUCGCGUCAGGAGGGUGUGGGAGGGGUUCACAGUGGGGCUGAGCCUCGAGGUCACGAGCGGUCGGUUCCUCCGUCUUCUUCGGUGGGAAGACAUGUCGGCAGCCCGUUUGGAUCCCCACCUGCGCGUGGCCGUCAUCCCGUCGCCAAGCCCGUCGAGGAAGUCAUCGUACUCGACCAGUCGGCCCUCCCGAAGACCUCCGUAGCGGCUCCGAUCGAUCCACCUGAUGCGUUUGCUUCGAUGCGGGACAUGCUGCAAGGCCUAGGGAAAACGGGCGGCGGUGCGGGGAAAGGAGCGGGAGAAGCAAGCGUUGGGUUGCUGUCGAAGACUAAAGCGACAUCAGCUGCGCACGGCGGUGGUGCUGGCCUUGCUGUCGGGCUUGUGGGAAAUUGGGCGUCUUCCUCAACCCCUCCAGUUGCUCCUGUUGCCGCUGCUCCGUCCCUAGGCAACGUUUGCCUUAGCGAUCCGAGCUCCCCUUCAACGUCGAAGAAGAAGUCGGUUGCGACGAAGUCCUCGAAGCGCGCUGCACACGCGACAGAGAGCCUUGACGUGGUGGAGCUGGCCAGCGUCCCUGGUCAGGCGCCUGUCGAGAAGACCUCUAUUGUCGUUGCUGCUCGACAGGAAAAGGCGAAGAAGGCCAGGGUCACGGGUCACGCCCCACCUCCUCGACCGGACGACCAAGGCAAGACGAGAGGCUGCAAACGUCCCUUCAAAGGACCGGGUUUCGGGUUGCGGAAGGGGAAGCCGGUUUCCGAGCAGACCGUCGGCGGGAGGAAGCGGUUCCUUGGCACUUUUGAAACAGAGAAGGACCAGAAGUUCUGUACGGCCGUCUGCUGGCGCGUGUACUUCCCCGACGUUGUCCUUACGGAGUACGAAGGGUACACGGCGCAGGAUGAGGAGGACUGGAAGGUCUACCUCGAUGCGGCCGUAGAAAUGCCAACCGGCGUUUGGAGCGUGGCGCAAGAACAAGGGGAAUGUCGUUUCGACGAUUACCUGUCGCUGUUGGCGUCGGCAAAAAAGGAAGUGAAAGCUGGAACCGAGAGGGGAAUCACGCUGUGCUUGGCGAUUGGUAAGGUCGCGACGCUUGGCCUGAAGCACGGGAAUCUGAUUUACCCGGUCCCGAAGGGCAUGGCGGCGACACCGCACAUGAUGGCCAUCGCAGCAACUGUGGCGAGCUUGUGGGCGGCUUGCAGGAAGUUGUCCAGGGAGGAUAUUAAGAAGGAUGUCCUAGCUGCCGCAAACGCGGCGAUCUACGCCCCGGAGACUGCAAAGAAGGCUUGUGUGGCUGCCAUGUCCGCACUCGUGUCCAUACUUUUGCACGUCGGCAAGACGUUCCCGGCAAAGCAGUGGCCCGAUCACCUGCAUUCGUCGGCUGUCGAAGGUCUCGGCUCGAUGGACGCCAUAUUGCUGCAGAUGCUGCGCGUGGCAGCACAGGUCUGUACGCAAUGGUGCUGCUGUCGAGCUACUGCCCGCUUGCUGGAGGACGCAGGCUAUGGCAGCCUGGCUAUGCCAGAAGAAAAGAGCAAGGCGAAGCAGGGCGACGAGGAUGCAGCUGAGACGGAAACGGGCGGGCAAGGGGAGUAG